AAAACAUCGCAUCUGGCUCUGGAUUACGACCAGUUCUACCCAUCCAACGACUUGCAGCCAUGGCCAACAUCUUCAACGCCCCCGCUCCUGGCAUCUCCUACUUCACUCCUGCUCAGAUCCCGGCUUCAGGGACUGCGUACGAUCCCCAGCCGAAUGGAAAGCCGGUUCCGAAGUUGUUUACGCCCAUCAAGAUCCGGGGUGUUGAAUUCCACAAUCGGAUCUUUCUAUCUCCGCUAUGCCAGUACUCUGCGGAGAAUGGACAUAUGACUGCCUGGCACUUGGCUCAUCUCGGCGGCAUCUUCACUCGUGGACCCGCCCUGACUAUCAUCGAAGCCUCCGCUGUCCUCCCCGAGGGCCGCAUUACUCCGGAAGAUGUCGGCCUGUGGCAAGACUCGCAGAUCGAGCCCAUGCGCAAGAUCGUCGAGUUUGCGCACUCCCAGAAUCAGAAGAUUGCCAUCCAGCUGGCCCAUGCCGGCCGCAAGGCGUCCACGCUCGCGCCCUGGCUGCACAUGGGGUUGGUCGCAACGGAGGAGCAGGGCGGCUGGCCCGAGGACGUGUGGGGACCCUCUGCGAUCCCCUUUAACGACCAGUUCCCCAAACCGAAGGAGUUGACGAAGGAGGGGAUCAAGAGGGUCAAGUCGGCAUUCGUAGCGGCUGCCAAGAGGGCGCUGAAGGCCGGAUUUGAUGUCAUCGAGAUUCAUAGCGCUCAUGGUUACCUCCUCUCGUCCUUCUUGAGCCCUGUGAGCAACAAGAGGACGGAUGAAUAUGGUGGUAGUUUCGAGAACCGCAUCCGACUUCUGGUCGAGAUCGCCGACGCCAUCCGCGCCGUCAUUCCCCCCUCAAUGCCGUUGUUCGUUCGGGUCUCUGCUUCGGAGUGGCUCGAGGAAGUCCUCCCGAACGAGGACUCCUGGAAAUCCGAAGAUACCGUCAAGCUCGCCGGCAUCCUCGCCGAGCACGGCGUCGACUUCAUCGACGUCUCUUCGGGCGGCAACAACGCUGCGCAGAAGAUCACCAAGAAAUCGCAGGCAUACCAGGCGCACUUUGCCGAUGCUGUGAAGAAGACGCACGGUGACAAGAUCGUCGUCGGUUCUGUCGGCGGUUUCGACAACGGCAAGCUCGCCGAGGAGGUCCUUCAGAACGGCAGUGCGGACGUCAUUCUCGUGGGUCGCCACUUCCAGAAGAACCCCGGCGCAGUCUGGCAGUUCGCGGACGACCUCGGUAUCGACGUGCAUGUUGCCCACCAGAUCGAGUGGGGAUUCCGGGGACGCGGGCCUCAGUCUAGUGCGACGACGCAACAUGGCCACGACGAUCCUGCAAAGCAGAAGGAAAAGCCUAGCUUUUAAAGGGGGCGUUUGCAAGUAGUGCAAUAAUGAUAGAGAAAAGUAGAUGUAUGUACAGUGUAUCCAUAAAAUAGACCCGAGUGGACAGACAGAGACUAGUACGGACUGAGUGUAUAUACGAGGAGUGCAAUUAUAAUGAGUCACUGGCAAUAUAAGGCGCGUGCUACAAAACUACGAAUUAUACAGCGAGUUGCUCAAUAUAAUAUCGGGAUGUGUCCAAAAAGUGCAGGAGUCGAGUCCUAUUGUGGGAUACUUUUGUCGUGAUGUCAUGCGCAGAUGAGGUUCGCCUGUACUUCCAACGGCGCAGACCUCGCGAAAAUGUCGUGCGUGAAGCUGUGGAACCCGAACCCGAGCGGGCGUGUGAACAUGGGGUUUGACAUGAGCACGCCGUAGUCGUCCUCGUCGCUCUCCGUCCCGUCUGUGCCGUCACUUUCUUCGUCCGCUUCCUCAAAGUAGAACUUCCCUGUCGACUUGACGGCGUGCACGUCGUCUGGGGUCGUCGCUCGUGGCCGGCGCUCAACGGCAAUUGCGGCUGCUUUGGCCAUGGCUUCGUCCCUCAGGAUCUCGGCGAACUUCUCCCAACGCAGCACCCAGUUUGUCUCCCAUGGGCGAGAGUUCCGCUUGGCCGUCGGUUUAGGUCUAACAGGUGACCCUAGGCCGACGUUGAUCAAGUCGUCGAGACUCUCG